AUGGUCUGUCAGUCUGCUCGAGGUCAGGAGGUCAGGAGGUCAGGCUGCCGGGAAGCCGUGGAGACGUCGUGUCAGAGACCUCUGCAUAAAGUUUCUGUCGUCAUCUCGGAGGCCAUAAAAAGUCCAAAGAUCAGAGAAACGGGAACAAAACGCCUGGUGAGAGAGAAGCGGCCGUCCACUGCUCUCCACCUGCAGAGCUGCACCACCCUCAGACGUUGUGUGUGUGCAGGAGUGGACGUGCUGCGGCUCGGCGACAGCAGCACCCAGAGCAGCUCCGUGGGCGCCGUGCGCUGGACGCUGCCCGAGGAGGACGUCCAGAUCCACAGCUCGGCCCCCGGCCGGGCCGGCAGCCGCCUCGCCAAACACUCCCAGCAACAUCCUCGCCAGAAGGGCCUGAAGGAUCUGCGCAGCCUGCAGGAGUGCGUGCUGUUCAUCCACCGCUGGAAGGAGCAAGUGGACCAAGUCUGCAAGGGCGGCGGCGGCUCUGAGCCCAGCGACGAACAACCCCCGAGUUCAGGCAGCCGCACCGAGCGCAGCCUGGAGGAGAGCAGGAAGCUCAUCCUGGAGUGGGCCGGCGAGCUCCGCCACGUGGACGAGCUCCUGAAGGAGACGCCCUCGGCAUCAGAGAGAGAAGGACAGGAGGAUGAAGAAGAGGACGCCGAGGAGAAGGCCCAGCUGAGGAUCACGGAGUGGGCAAAGGAGCUCCACAAGGCCACCGAGAGCUGCGGCGUUCAGAGCGACGAGCUGGGCAAAGUGCUGCGUCAGCUCGGCCUGAAGAAGAAGCGCCUGGUGAACCUGCUGCCGCUGCUGGAGUUCAUCACCUGGUCUCUGCUCAAAGAGGACGGCACGAGAUGUAUUCCACAGCUGUGGUUGCUGGCCAAGCAGAGGACGUGGACAGCAGGAAUAUCAAGAUACAUCCCCAACCCAGUUUGGAGUUGGAUCUGCAGCGCAGCCGCGGACGUGGUUCUGGACCCCAUGACCAACCACCCCUGGCUGCAGCUGUCCGAGGACCAGCGGCGGGUCCAGGAGGGCCUCUCGGAGUCCGACGUGCCGUCCAGCUUGCAGCGAUUCGACGGCUGGCCCUGCGUUCUGGGCUGGGAGGGCUACAGCGGCGGCCGCCACUACUGGGAGGUGGACAUCGCCAAAAACGGCCACUGGCGCGUGGGAGUGACCACGGCCGGCUCCAAGCGGCACGGCCGGUUCCCCAUGAGCCCGAGGCACAGCUACUGGGUCUUGUGGCGCAGCCCGAACCAUUUCUACGCCUGCACCAAGCCGGAGACGGCACUGCCCGCCGGCCUCGUGCCUCGACGUCUGGGGGUCUACUUGGACUACGAGGAGGGCCAGAUGUCCUUCUACAACGCGGACACCGAGUCCCACAUCUACACCUUCACCGGAGCCUUCAGGGGGAAGCUGUACCCGCUGUUCGCCCCGCUGGACGGUCGCACAAGCUUGACCAUCCAGCACACCAAUGUGGAAAUAGCUGAGCUGUAAACGCCUCUGACCGGACGCCGGGGAGAAUUCACCUGGACUGGAACACAAAUUGCAUUGAAAACUAAAAUCGACACGAAGAUUCAGAUUUUCUUUGAGAGGGGCGUCAUCAAUUGGAUGAUACGCAUAUCGCAUGCAUGUUCCUUCCCUUGCUUUAGACGUGUCUUUCAAUUUCUGCCUUUAAGCUGAAUUUAAAAUCUCUUGAAUCGUGGAUCAUUAACUGAAGACUAAACUCUGUCCCGGUGCUGGUGAUAUUGUUGUUAGAUGAUGUCAGAGAAUUGUCAUCGGACCACGAGAGACAAAAACCUUGAGUGAAUAAGUGUAUUUAUUUUAUUUAAAUGGAAUGUUUUUCAAGAGCACUUCAAUUUCUACAAUUCAUAUUUAUGCAAAGCACAUUGUUCAUCCAGAUGCAUGCAGAAAUGAACAUAAUACAUAUUUAAUAUGCAUCAUAUGUUGUCUUUCAUUCUGAUAUCUGAAGAGACUCUGACCCCCCCUCAAGGGGGAUUCUCUAUUUGGUCCAUAAUCAAGAUUUUAAGUUCACUUAACAUUUUGUGUUUUCUUCUUUUUGCUGUUCUUGCUUUCUUUGAUCUUUUCAGUAUAUUUAAAAUGAGAGUUUAAGGCAACUGAGGGUCAGAGGUCAACAUGCUUAUUGUUCUUCAACUGUGUGGUAAUGUCAUAAAUGAAGCUGUUUACCAUAUAGUUGAUCAUUAAUAGUUUUAUUUCAGGAUGCAGUGAAAUCUGAGUAAAUAUUACACAAACAUUGUGAAACGCUAUUCAACGAAGACUUUGAACAAGAUUGAGCUGGAAAACUUCAUGAAGCGCCAGAACAUGAUAAACAGUAUUCUUAAAAUAUUCACUUUAGAAAAGAAAACAAUUUCAGCUUGGAAGAAUAUAAUAUAAACAGAAAAAAAACAUGAUAAUUAUGAAUUAGUAAGAAUAUAAUUUGAUUUGUACUGAGCUUACUCAGUCAAGUUGUUGACUCCGUGUUUCACUUUUUUUUCUACUGACCACAUCUUUAUUUAUACAUUUUGACCGUCAUGGGCCAAACAAUGUUUAAAAAAAAAUAAAAACAAGAGGAAAUCAGCAACAA